UACCCUCUAAGAGCGGAUCUUCUGUCGGUGACUCCGCCACGCCGCCGCUCGGCUCGUGAAUGGCCCUGACAUGGAGGAAGUCCCGUUUCAGAAAGUCAAGACGCGGCGGAAGCGGAGCCGCCGCUGUCCGCCCGGUGUGCCCGUGACCGCUAUCGCGUGCGAGGACGAGUUCGACUGUAAGGAGCUCGAGUCGCUGUUCCGCACCUACAACCUGAAGCUGGAGCAGACCUCGGCGCUCAAGGCGCUCGCCGUGCUCGCGGCGUUGGCGUGUGCGCUCGCAGCGUUCGAGGCGCUCUCCGGUCCGGGCCUGGCUGUCGCCAAGGCAUCGCAUCCGGCACACGGCGUCGUCUUCGCGUCGCUCUUCGUCGUGGCCAACGUCAAGUACCUGCGCGUGGGUCAGCUGCAGCAGAUCGUCAGCCUCACGCUUCUGUUCGCCUUCACCUUCGCUCUGCUCUGCUGCCCGUUCCCGCCCGUGGCGCCCAGUUCCUACACGCCGACGCCGCAGCCCGAGCAAGGAGUCUGGCAGCUCGCGCUUGUCACUUUCGUCGCGUACGCGCUGCUUCCGGUGAGGACCCUCCUGGCCGUAACCUUCGGCAUCAUGGUGUCCAUCUCCCACAUCGUGGUCACGGCAACGUCGGUCACGGCCAAGACGCAAAAGCUGUGGAGAGCUCUGGUGGCCAACACAGUGCUCUUCACCAGCGUCAAUCUGUCCGGUCUGUUUGUGCGCAUCCUCACUGAGCGUUCUCAGAGAAAGGCCUUCCUGCAGGCACGCAACUGCAUCGAGGAGAGACUGCGCAUGGAGGACGAGAACGAAAAGCAGGAGCGACUGUUGAUGAGCCUCUUACCAAGGAACGUGGCUAUGGAGAUGAAGGAAGACUUCUUGAAACCUCCCGAACGGAUUUUUCACAAGAUCUACAUCCAGCGUCAUGACAACGUCAGCAUCCUGUUUGCGGACAUCGUGGGCUUCACCAGCCUGGCGUCACAGUGCACGGCUCAGGAGUUGGUGAAGCUGCUCAACGAGCUCUUCGGAAAGUUCGACGAGCUCGCCACAGAGAACCACUGCAGGCGCAUUAAGAUUCUGGGUGACUGCUACUACUGUGUGUCAGGACUGACGCAGCCCAAAACUGACCACGCUCACUGCUGCGUGGAGAUGGGGCUCGAUAUGAUCGACACCAUAACGUCAGUGGCGGAGGCGACGGAGGUGAACCUGAACAUGCGUGUGGGUUUACACACGGGUCGUGUGCUCUGCGGUGUUCUGGGGCUCAGGAAGUGGCAGUAUGAUGUCUGGUCCAAUGACGUGACCCUGGCCAACGUGAUGGAGGCUGGAGGGCUACCUGGGAAAGUGCACAUUACUCGCGCCACGCUAGAUUGCCUGAACGGUGACUACGAGGUGGAGCCAGGAAAUGGGCGAGAGAGGAACGCCUUCCUGCAGAAACACGACAUCGAGACCUUCUUUAUAGUGCCAUCUCACCGCAGAAAGAUCUUUCCUGGAUUGAUCCUUUCCGACAUCAAACCUGCCAAAAAGAUGAAGUUUAAAACGGUGUGCUACCUGCUGGUGCAGCUCAUGCACUGCCGCAAGAUGUUCAAGGCUGAGAUCCCCUUUUCCAACGUGAUGAACUGCGAGGAUGGGGACAAGAGGAGAGUUCUGCGAUCGGCUCCGGAGAAGCUGCGUAAUCGGACCUUGGUUUCGGCCAAUGUGACCCAGAGCAGCCCCGGCACAAGGGUCAACCGCUACAUCGGCCGCCUGAUCGAGGCGCGUCAGACAGAGUCGGACACAACUGACUUAAACUUCCUCACGCUCAUGUACAAGUGCUCCGAGCGGGAAAAGAAGUAUCACCUCAUCCAUGACGAGCACUUCACCAGCGCCGUGGUGCUGUCGCUAAUCCUCGCUGCCUUGUUAGGCUUUGUCUACCUUCUCAUCAUGCCACAGGGGACAGUAGUGUUGGUGUUGCUGGUUUUCUGCAUCUGUUUCCUUGUAGCUUGUAUCAUGUACCUGCAUGUCACUAGAGUGCAGUGUUUUCCCGGGUGCCUCACCAUUCAAAUCCGCACGGCCCUGUGCGUGCUAAUAGUGCUGCUAAUCUACUCUGUGGCACAGGCGUGUGUGGUGGGCUGCAUGCCCUGGCUCUGGGCCUCCACCUCCAACACCUCUAUAGUGAUCAUAGACCUAGUGGGUGGAGCUAACCGCACCAUGCCGGAGCUGCCCUGCGACGGGGUGCAGUACGCCUUCCUGGUGUGUGUGGUAGCCACGGUUACCAUGGCGCUGUUCCUGCGAGUGUCCUGGCUGCCCAAGCUGCUCCUGCUGCUCCUGCUGGCUGUCAGCUUCAUCACUGUGCUGGAGCUGAGCGGAUAUCGCCGAACUGUCCCCGGUGCGGGUGUAGGUUCACUGAACGUUCGCUCGUAUGAGCCCAUCCUCUCCCUGCUGCUGUUUUCCAGCGCUCUGGCUCUGCACUCACGCCAACUCGAGCUCAAACUGCGCCUUGACUUCCUCUGGGCCACACAGGCUGAGGAGGAGAGGGACGGGAUGGAGAAGGUGAAACUAGACAACAGGAGGAUUCUGUUUAACCUGCUCCCAGUUCAUGUGGCUCAACACUUCUUAAUGUCCAACCCCAGGAACAUGGAUCUAUAUUACCAGUCCUACUCCCAGGUCGGCGUGCUCUUCGCCUCCAUUCCCAACUUCAACGACUUCUACAUCGAGCUGGAUGGAAACAACAUGGGUGUGGAGUGUCUGCGUCUCCUCAACGAGAUCAUCGCCGAUUUCGACGAGCUUAUGGACAAGGAAUGCUACAAAGACAUUGAGAAGAUCAAAACUAUCGGCAGCACGUACAUGGCAGCGGUGGGUUUAGUUCCCACUACAGGCAGCAAGGUAAAAAAGUCCAUUUCAACUCACCUGAGCACAAUCGCCGACUUCGCCAUCGAAAUGUUCGACGUCCUCGAUGAGAUCAACUACCAGUCUUACAAUGACUUUAUCCUGAGAGUGGGUAUUAACGUAGGUCCAGUGGUGGCCGGGGUUAUCGGGGCUCGCAGGCCUCAGUACGAUAUCUGGGGCAACACUGUAAACGUGGCCAGCCGUAUGGACAGCACCGGAGUCCCGGGAAAGAUCCAGGUGACAGAGGAAGUGCACCGGAUUCUACAGAACGACUAUGACUUGGUGUGUCGCGGCAACAUCAGUGUCAAGGGUAAAGGUGAAAUGGUGACCUACUUCCUGGAGGGAAGGUCUCAAGGCGCAGGUCCGAGGGCACCCGAGAGACGCAGGAGCACGUACGCCAUAGGCCGUGCCGCCAGGGUCGGGGUCGGAUCCGCACAAAGCUCCGCCCACGGCCGCCCUGCGUCUUAUAUCGUCCACGAGGAGGACGGUGAGGAUGAGACCGAAGGCGAUGAAGGAGAGGUUUAAGAUGAGUGUCAGCGUCAGUACAGAAUGUCAGAAAGAUAGAUAAUAAAGAUCUUUCUUCGUACUGAGCCCAGGGACAAAGACGAGGCAGAACACCAGGCAGUCAGCCGCGAAGAUUUUACAAAGCUACAAUGUGGAAAUCUUAAAGUUGGAAUUUUUGUCUUCCCUUUGUAACGUGAUCGACAACCUGCUUGGGUUUCGGCGACUGAAAUACAUCGCAAUCUGCACACUCGUCUUUUUUUCCAAUCAGAGGCACGGCUGGGGAUCACAGACACACACACACACAAACACCCUGUUUAGCGGGUGGUUUUUGUGCACAAGCAAAAUAAAUAAACUUGAAAUCGAUUAUUUACACUAUUUACAUCAGGACUGAUUUUUUUUUCUGUAUUGUACGCCAAGACUACCUGAUUCGAUGUAAAUACUUCGAUGUUCUAUAAAACCUUGUGUAUUUUUUGUAUGCUGUUCAGUGAGAUUGAGUGGUGCUGAGUGCGCAUGCAUGUGAUCGAGAUGUAACCGAGAUAGCACAGAUGACGUUUUCAAAGCAAUUGAUCGAUUCUAUAAAGCUUUAUAGGCUUUUUUUUUCUUGGUGUCGCUAAAUUUACGGAUCUUUGUGUAGCUGUUGAUUAAUCAGGGAGGGUGACCAGCACCCAAACUGCUCUACUUGGUUUGGUAUUUUUCAGGUUAUUAUGCGACUCGCCUUGCUGCACUGACGACUUUUCUAACUUGAGAUUUUGCUUAACUUUCUUAUCAGGGCACUUCUAUUAGACGUUAACAGACUUCACACGUGUACAUGCGACUACAAGGAGACGUGCUAACAACAAACUAUGGACGUUAUGUUUAUAAUGAAUUCCUAAUCAUGUGUCACGUGUCGAUGGUUUCAGAGGUUGUUAGCACAAUGAGUAUUAUUAGCAAAAACGAAACACAAUGAUUAGCAAAUUCUGAAUAUUUGAGCUCGGUUUUUGCUCUUGGUUUUUUUUUCGAGGCAUGCUUUCACGAAUGUUUUAUCAAUAUAAAGUCACAGGGAGCUUUCACAGCUGCAGGCUUUAGUCAGUUUGAACAGAAAGACAUUUAGCACAAAAAAAACAAACAAAAGGGUCUGAGAGUCUGGUUUCAGUUCUGAUUACACUUCUGAAUGGACCCUAGCGAGAAAUCAAUUUGACACUGAAUCAACUUUUCUAAAUUAAGAGACUCAAACAUGCCAUAGGUUUUAGGUGACAGUCAGGGUUGCCAGGUCUCAGCAAAUUUUCCAAUCCAUAAAAAAUGUCCAAACAAUGGAAAAGUGGAACAAAACAAUCAAAAGAACGAAAGAAGGCAUCCGAGCCUCUGGUCUCUCUCAUUUCCAAGUGAAUCCUUGUGACAAAGUGUUUUGACUCAUUUUCAGGAAGUGAAUCAAACAUGCCAUAGGUUUUGAGUUGCAGUCAAGGUUGCCAGACCUAGCAAAAAUUUCAGGGCCUAAAAAUGGAGAAAACAGCUAAAAACUGAUUUGACACUGAAUCAACUCUUUUGCUAUGAAGUGAAUCGAACUUGCUAUGAGAUUUGAGGUCUCUGAAAGAUUUCCAUCUGAAAAAAUAUAUAUAUAAAAAGAGAGAUGAUAAUAUUAGAAUUUGAAUUCUGGUUGAAAAACAGCAACCAUGGCAACCCUAUUGAAUCAAACUGCUAUCCUGAGCCUCAAGGCGCAAAAGUUUAGAUUCUGUAGAUUUAGACAGACACUGAACACCACUGAAAAAAUCUUUUAAAGGUUUAUACACAUUCAUGUCAUUAUUGGACAAUUUUUUUGGUUGUUUUCUCACAACUUCACUUGACAUUUUUUCCACAUUUAGAUUCCUACACACUGCUACACACUCCCUCCAGGAUUGAUUGCUUUUGCGAUCCCAGAAAUUUCAUACGAAAUCAAGCAAAUUGUUCAGAAAUUGUUCAUUUAUUCAGAUUUACAUACCUGUCUUUACUGCAUGGACUUUAUAAAAAUAAUCCUGCUUGUGAAUUCAAGUAGGUUUCAGGAAAAAAAAGCACAAAAAAAAGCAUUUUUCACCACAAACACACACACACACACACACACACACACACACACACACACACAACCUCUGCACAAUCCUGGAGAGAAGUCUUUCUUUCUUUUUUUUUUUAACCUAAAUUACAUUUUGCACCAAUAAAACACAUUUCUGUAAACAAACAUGCCGUAUAUUUUGAACGUUUCAUCUAGAAGACAUUGUCCUCUUUUUGAAUUCCUUAAAUUCCCAAAGCUCGUUUUUGUCUUUAGAACCACUUGAUAGUUGAGGUUCCAGAAGUGUUUUUAAACAAAAAAUAGAAAUGUGUCGAAUAUUAACAUUAAGUUCAAUACAUGACAAACACGUGGGAUGGUGCUGUUACAGGAAAUGAAUCAACAAUGACAUGAUGCAAUCACGUGUUUUAUUCCCAAUACACCACAAUACAACACAAAAUAGUUACGUAUAAUGUUAAGGAUCGUCUACAAUAUACUGACAAAUCGCUGACACUGGAGACUUCAGCAUAUCAACAGGGUCAACACUGUCUAUGUUUUUAUUUAUUUGUUUAUUUAUUUAUUUUUAUUAAUCAAUAAAAAAAGGGUUUUUUUUAAAUUAUUUUUAUUUGAUUUAUUUGAAUGUUUAUUCCAAUGACAGCAUACGUAAUAUAAUUAAUAUAAACCUGCGAUUCAAGGCAACUAAUCAACACCUCCUGACCAAACAGAAGGCAGAAUUCAGCAGGGUUCUGUUAUAGUAUUCAUUAUUUAACGCAAUUCUGUUAUCGCUUGUUGUUUUGGUGUGUUAAAGCUUUGGUUUAAUGAAAGAUUCAAUUCAAUUAAACAUAAACGAAGAGUACAGAGCUGAAGAAUUACCACAGCUACUCUGAUAUUGAACACUUUCUUGUUUAUUCCAUGAUACUGAAUCAGUAAUGAUGUUUCUUUCAAAUGUUGCACGAUUUGUUUGACCGAUCACGGACUUCCGAUAACGAACCAGCCACGGACUGCUCGAUCUCGUCCCGGACUGGACCGCAUCAAUAAAAAAAUGUUUUCUGCCUUAUUUUUCAAGCUCUAGUGAAUGAACUCUUUGCCUUGAAGCUAAUGCUCUUUGAUAUGCAGAUGUUUGUAAAUGCAGUGGUGUGUGAAGCAUCUUCUCUACAAAGCUGAGCAGUAGACCAUUUUGUAAUGAAUACAGCACUGAAGUAAAAAAAAAAAACUCUUUCUCCAUGGAGCUUGUGAUUUUUCUUAGCGCAGGAUGAGAAGUGUGUGAAAUGAAAUGAAGAAAAAAGGAGGAAGGAUAA